UAUGUAUAUUUUCAUAUGAGGUGUCAAGGAGUCGCAAGCGAGUGCGUUAUCGGGCGUUUGAACGCUCUCAGUGUAUACCUGGUUGCCCAGGUAGGUAAGUACCGUUCAUCGGGCUACCUUCGACGGCAGUCACGGCACAACCUUCGUCGCGUCAGGUGCGCGCACAGCUCUUCGGGACCAACGGGACUCUCCUUUCCUCGGCUGCUCGCGAGUUCCUUCAUCGCACCGGCGACGCCAGACAGUUCCUCUCCGCGUUACCGGGCUCUAGAGAUCGACCAGGACGGAAUAAAAAUGUGGCUGCCAAGGGCAUGCAUCCUGUUGGCUCUGUUGGGUCUGACGCGAUGCGGCACACAAGAUGAGGAAGACGCGUCGACCGUCUUCCUCGAGGCAGCCAAAUCCUUCUUCUCCAACAAGGAUAAUCUGAACGGUCUUCAAGGAUUAGCCAGGACGUUCUUGCAGCCGGACGACAAAUCGGAGGCCGGCAACGUAUUCGACGGAAAAGCCAAUUUGGAGAGCGUCGGUCAGAUCGUAUCGGGAAUAGGCAGCCUGUUCUCUGGCAACGAGAACAACCAGGGAGUCGAUCUCUCGAUGAUCGGGUCGGUCCUCAACGGUGUGUUGAACUCCGACAAAAGUUCCAAGAGAAACGCUAGAAGCGCCGAAACGACCCAGCAACCGGGGAUCGAUCUGGAGAAUAUAGUGAACAUGGGGAGCAUGCUGAUGGGCCAGAACGGAAACGCUGACCUAGUCAUGGGCUUGUUACCGAUGCUGUUGCAAAACUUAGGCACCGAGAGCAACGAGGUCGACGGUCCGCCGAAAAAGGCGCACGAUCAUUCGGGACACUCGUGGUACAUGCCGCCAAUUUUGGAGAACUUGCACGUGAUGUGGGAACACUUUAGUAAUUCAGAACUGGGCCAGACGCUGUGGAACAAGAGCGGCUUGUCGGAUUUCGUCGGGCAGGUGUCCGACUCGACCGGGCGGAUCCAGUACGAGAAAAUGUUGGACAGCUUCGAAGAUCCAGCUCUGCGUCGCAGGUGGAUCAGGUCAUUGACCAAUUACAUCGGCGAGUGGAUUUCUCACGUCUCGGAUCCACAGAUCCAACAACGUUACUUGAACACGAUUCAAUUCGUGGGAAAUAGUUUCCUGAAGUCGCAAGGAUUCCCUAAAUCGGCGAUGUUCGAUUCGAUGAGACCCAUAGAAAGCCUCUCCAGAUUGAUAAACGCGGUGGGGAAGAGACAUUUAGGAAUGAAGAUCGACAGCUCGCAGUAUAUUAAGCCAGCGGUGGCGUACAUCAAGGAGUUAAUUAAUCUGGCAUCAGAGAAAGGGUUCAUCAUGUCCCGGGUGAACGCCAGGACGAUCAGUAACAGGCUCAGCGACAUGCUCAACAACGACAUCGUCAAUCCGGUAUUAAAGUCGUAUCGAGCGUACAAAUGGGCGAUUAAGCGGCCGCAGUGCGCCAGCCAGAUUUUGUGCACCAUAAACGAGAAGAACGAACAGGACAAGGAUCAGCCGCCUCUGCGAAGCGGUUUGUUAAAAGUGACCAGUUUUCCGUCCGCCUGGGCCGUCAGUAACAAGUUGGGCAUCAAUUUCUGGUCUCUCUACGGAGCCAUCAUGGAACACGACAGAUGCGUCCAAAAGUAUCCGGCUGACUGCACCGACUUCCACGAAGAGGAGAUCCGGAUUACCACAGAAAGCGUUCACAGUGAACUUUGAUCUCUAGCUGACAAUGACAGUGUGCCCUGUGAGAGACGUUCGCGAGCAUUGUUUUUUUUUUUUUUUUUUAUUUAAUAGUUUGUAAGACAUUUCAUUAAACGACGAGUGGAGGAAAAAGGGGAAAGUCGAAGAAACGAGGGAUCCUCUCGGUUUCUUUACGUGUACAUAAAAAAACACGACCGUGGACAGUGUCGUCGAAUAAAUACUUUCAUUUAUCUCGAGUUCUCGCGCGUGUCAGAUGCAAAUACGCGUUCUCGUCCAUGACGUUCACUUUCAUCCCGGCGAACGGUCAGGUCGAAGUACGAAAGCUACGAUUAGUUAUACCUUUUAUUUCGUUCUCUUUUUGUUUUUAUUUUCACAUAACGGAAUCUAUAAAAAUUCUAUCCGACGAGAAGAGCGACGCAUAUGAGUUCUUUAGAGUCAUAGCGAAGAGAAUCCGAGCUUAGGAAAGCUCCUUCCAUGAAGGACGGAAGUUGAACGACUUGGAACCGGUUCGAUCGUGUUCGUGCGUUCGCGUUGUUCGUAACAACUUCUGUAAAUAUUAGAUAAAAGCCAAAUAAAACGUAUGUUGUUUGUACAAGAUA